CUUCACACGAGAGCGGACCCCGUGACUUCCUCGCUUUGAUCCCACAUCUUUCGACUUGUUUGAAAAAACAUUUUCGAUGCUAAUUGCGUAACGACACUAGCGGCUUAACACUUCAGUAGUAACUAUUUCAAAUUAUUUUGAAUUUUUCAUUCCAUCCAAAUCUUACAGCGAAAGAGAUAUAGACGACGUCGAGAGCGAAGCCCACACUUUUCUCCCGAGUCCUCUUUUGAUUAUCUUUUUCAUCAUUGUCUCCAUUUCCAUUGACUUGCUUCUACCAAACAGACAGAGCUAGCUUCACUUCCUUAUCCUUUCGUUGGAAUGUAAUGCUCAGUUCGUAUUCGUCGCACAGAAGACACCUAAAAGAAGCACAGUGCCCCACAGCUUAACGAGUACUCAGCAUCGAUUAGCAAACGGAUUUUGAACUAGACGUGAAACGAAAACGGAUUUUGAAUAAAACUCACGGCUUUUGAAUGUUGUUGAAGUGUCUUAUCGUUGUGUCCUAGCCUACAAGUCCUGCGUAAGCAGCGUCCAACACAAUCACAAGCGCGCGCUGCGGCUGUCGUAAAGCUAUCGGAAAGUGAUCGAGCGGAAGUGUCGCAGGGCUAUCCCUCAGGCAUCAGGCUCGCGGCAACUGCAAACUUUUUCAGGUAAAGUUUACUCAUUUUGAGUUAUAGCUAUCACAAUUUCUGACGCUAUUAGUGGGCCCCUGAGUCGAGGUGGGUGGGGCAAUGAAUCUGGGUCCACAUUCCUGGCUUGGCCUUGCUGCAAGUCAACAAGGGGACACAGAGGCAAGGGUUGACAGGAAUCAAGCGAAGUCGCAGUAGAGAAAGUCGGUUAGUUCGUUGUUUGGCACCUACGCCCGGUCGCUGUGUUCGUCAUCUCGCACCAAGAUGAAAGCUGGUGCUCCGACUGGACAGACUCUCGCCUUUCCUCCCCAUUUGUGACUCAACUUGGCCGCGGGCGAUUUGUUUCUGAUGCCACAAAUUUCGUCCGUGCCAUUCACUCACUGGAAGACCCGACAGCGCAGGGUAGCCUGAGGCCUUGGCGUGGUCUUGACCAAGAAGGAUGCCUGUUUCACGUAACUAAGCGGAGGCGGGCUGGACAGAUCCACGCAAGGGUGGGGCCCUGCUCCUCGUCUUCCUCACUUAGAUGUGGCCUGCUGCUCGGGCGUUUGGCUUUCCCUCUAUCUGCGGCCUCGCGAUCAGGCCCGCGCACUUCUUUGGUGCCGAUCGUGAAGGCUUGGCGCCUUGGCUGGGGUUGCUGGGAGUAGGGUUCGGACUAUCAAGCCGAAAGGCGAAGUCCGAUGGGGGGCUCGCAAGAGGCUGCUCGCUCUUAGGGUGUGGCCCGGCGUCUGUCUGCUGUGGUCGGUUCAUUUCGAAACGAGUUAGAAUCGGCGGCCUGGGUUUGCUUGCCUUUUGAUGUCUAGGGCCGGGGAGGGCGUGUUCCGCCGCUAGUUUUCUACCUAUAUUUGUGCAAUCGACGUGAAGCUUGCGCGCCCUGAGCUGCCAGGGUUCGGGGGUGGGCAUUCGUAUUAUUUUUAGGCCCGUUGCAAUUUCCAGUGCGCCCAAGAGCUGGGGGGGUGCUUUUGCGGGCAUCUUCAUCUGUGCGCCCGCUCCUUCGCUUCUCUGGUGGCGAUGAAUGAAGGAGCACGGCUGCGCCAGCGUCUAUCUUGUGGGGCCCUCGGUGUUCCAUUUAGCAACAGCAUGCGUAAGCAGAAGUGCCAAGACUAGCAGCGUGGCACGCCCCUGCGGCGGACUUGACUGCGCGUCCCCUUUAUGUAAGUGCGUACUCACUGUACAGAGCAGAGCAGGGAGGCCCGCGUCAGUGGGUCUGCUUUUCUCUGUGGCCUCACCGUGCGUGGCUUGCCUUCGAGGUCGUCUCGGUGUCUUCGUUCUCGUUGUGGGGUCGCAAGUCUUUGGCACUAGCGCAGGCUAGUGCGCUUCUUUCUUGGCUGGUAUUUGUCCCCGCGGGUGUCUCACUCUUCCUUGGGUGGUUUUCUAAACCUAUGGACUUGGCCCGCAUGAUUUUUUUUAGGGGGCCUCUGGGUCCGUGUUUUUUCCUUCUUUUCGAAUUUUUGUCUUUUCGCCGGUGUGCUUUGUUUGGUAACUGCCAAGGCUUGGGCCUGUCUGCUGUGGCAAUUGCCAAGGCAUUCGCCCGUACGGCUUGGCAAUUGCCAAGGCUUUGGCUUGUUUGCCUUGGCAAUUGCCAAGGCCUUCGCCCGUCAUUGCCAAGGCCUUCGCCCAUUUGCCCUGGCAAUGAAUUGCCAAGGCCUUCGCCCGCUACCGUUUGCCUUGGCUAUUGCUAAGGCCUUCGCCCGUCAUUGCCAAGGCCUUCGCCCAUUUGCCCUGGCAAUGAAUUGCCAAGGCCUUCGCCCGCUACCGUUUGCCUUGGCUAUUGCCAAGGCCUUCGCCUGUGUGCCUUGGCAAUUGCCAAGGCCUUGGCCUGUUUGCUUUGGCACUUGGUUGCCAAGGCCUUCGCCCGUUUGCUUUGGCAAUUGCUUCCGCCAAGGCCUUCGCCCGUACGCCUUGGCAAUUGCCAGGCAGGGCCUUGGCUUGUUUGCUUUGGCAAUUGCCAAGGCUUUCCUGCGCCCGUUUGCCUUGGCAAUCGUCAAGGCCUUGGCCGGUUUGCCUUGGCAACUGUCAAGGCCUUCGCCUGUGUGCCUUGGCAAUUGUGUGCCAAGGCUUUGCUCGCCCGCUUGCUUUGGCAUUUGUCAAGGCUUUGGCUGGUUUGCCUUGGCAAUUGUCAAGGCCCUCGCCUGUUUGCCUUGCUUGACAUUUGUCAAAGCUUUCGCCGGUUUGCCUUGGCAUUUGUCCGCAAGGCCUUCGCCUGAUUCAUUGGCUUGGCAAUUGUCAAGGCACUGGCCGGAUUGACAUCUGUCAAGGCCUUCGCCGGUUUGCUUUGGCAAUUGUCAAGGCCUUCGCCCGUUUGCCUUGGCAAUUGCCAAGGCUUUGGCUGGUUUGCUUGGGCAAUUGUCGAGGCCUUCGCCCGAUUGGCUUGGCAAUUGACAACUAUUGGCAAUUGCCAAAGCUUUGGCUGGGUUGGCGUUUCCAUUUGGGAAAGCUUUCGCCCGAUGGAUUGGCUUGGCAAUUUUCAAGGCUUGGGCUGGGCUGGCAUUUGUCAAGGCUAUCGCUUGACUCAUUGGCUUGGAAAUUGCCAAGACUUUCCCUGGCCAGUUUGCCCCCUGUUGGUGACCGCCGCGACGAUGUGAAAGACGUGUGCGAAGUUUUCCGGAAAAGUUGCCCGGAUUGGUCUUCGUUGUCUUUUUGCUUGAAAGGCCAAACCAGGCGCCGAAGCGCCUGGCGCUGCUUUUCGUUCGUUUUGUGUUUCGUCGUUGGUGGCAGCCUCGGGCUCGGCGCCGGUUCGUUGUGGGCCGCUCGCAUGCCGCUGGCAUCGGCGCCGCCCUGGGUGCAGGCGUGGCGCGCUUGUGUGAGCCCCCUGAAGCGUAGGACACCGGGGCGGAGGACAGGGGAAACGCAGGCGGGGGAGCAGUGUCACCAUAAGCCGGCGGCGGCCAGCUUUCCACGCUUGAACACCUCCAGCGGCUUCUGGUCUCUCUUGUCACUUUAGAAAGAAGAAUCUUGGUGAAAAGUUCGCGAAGGAAAUCUGUGAAAAAUCUGCGCGGAAUCUUUCUGAAAAGAUAAACGCACGAAGUUCCAACAUGGUCAAAGCAAACACUUCGCGAAGAUUCUGCAGCUUUUGCCUUCCUUGUUUUUCUUGGUGAAGGCAUGAAAAUGGACCGCCAGGAGCAAACUCGUGACAAUUUGCAGCGGGAGGGAGCGCAUAGGGCUCCGCGUCUUCUGUGUCUGCUUUGUGUGGUCUUUCUGUUUCUCUCCCCAAAGCUGUGCAGCCUUUUAGGCUGUGCAUUUGUUUGGAAAUUUGUCGGGCGGCUGCGUCGCAGGCUGGCUCGUUGGCUUGUGGUGCUCUCAGUGCAGUGUGUUACCGGGCUGGUCGUGUGUUGGUUCUGUCGGCUCUGCUUUCAGAGGCUUAGCAGGCGCCGCGUGAAGUGGACAGGCGCGAAAGCGGCGCGCGUGAGCCCCGGCAACUUUUCGCCAAGGUUCUCCGCUGUCGGCAGUCUUCGGGCGCGGUGGUCUCCAACACCUGCCAAGGCUUUGCUCGCUUGUUUGCCUUGGCAAUUGUCAAGGCCUUCGCCUUGCUCCGCGCUGGCUGGGCUUUGGUUGGUUGGGCUUACUUGGUUGGCCGGGCCUCGGUUGGUUUGGCCUCCCUCGGUUGGUUUGGCUUUGGUUGGUUUGGCCUUGGUUGGUUGGGCCUUGGUUGGUUGGGCCUUGCUUGGUUGGCGGGGCUUUGGGCUUGGUUGGUUCGUUGGGCUUUGGUCGGUUGGGCCUUGGUUGGUUGGCCCUUGGUUGGUUGGCCCUUGGUUGGUUGGGCCUUAGUUGGUUGAGCCUUCUGAUUGGGCCUUGUUUUUUGGGCCUUGGUCUGUUCAGAGUUACUAGAGUCUAGAGCUUUCGUCUACUACCUUUUAACUCACAGAAUACUACUGCAGGGGCAGAGGGUUUAGAUUUUAUCGACCUUGUAGCUCUCGAAGUAGCUCAAGAACAAGAAGCACCAUCUUGAAACGUAUACUCACCAGCCUUAAGAAGAUGAUGGCCCCGGAAAUCGCUGCCAAGCAGCUGGAGAUGUUGAGCUCUUCUAACAUGGUCUCGGUGCUGACGAACAGCGAGGCCGGCUCUACGUCUACUCAGGACCCAACGACAAUACCCGCCGCAGGAAACAAGGUAGAUCUUCAGAAUUGUCAUGGUCUUGAAGUAUCAUCACUAUCAACGGGAAAAACGUGUCGUGACAGAUAUCAGUCGCACGAGCAGAACACCUACCACGCCUUGUCUUCUUCUUUCCAAUGGAAUAAAAGCACUCAGGUGCUGGCGUCUCCCUAUAAGUCAAGCAAUCGAUUAUCAUCGCGCCUGAUGGCGAACGGGGCCAAGAACAGUACCAACUUCAAAAGCGCCUCCAGUGCAAGCAAAAAGGUAGAGUAUUUCUGUACUUCUUCCAAAAUCUAUCUCGUCUGUCCACCUUCGUCCCCUUUGAUGUCAUCACCGUGGCCCAUAACAUAGAGCAACUACAUCAACCUGCUACCCUACCUCUCGUAAACGCCCCCGCCUCUGGAUGCGUCUCCCCCUUCCCCUUUUCCCCUCUUUGAACUACUUCCCCUCUUUGAACUACUACUAACUACUACUAACUACUACUAACUUCUACUAACUACUACUAACUACUACUAACUACUACUAACUACUACUAACUACCCCUAACUACCCCUAACUACCCCUAACUACCCCUAACUACCCCUAACUACCCCUAACUACCCCUAACUACCCCUAACUACCCCUAACUACCCCUAACUACCCCUAACUACCCCUAACUACCCCUAACUACCCCUAACUACCCCUAACUACCCCUAACUACCCCUAACUACCCCUAACUACCCCUAACUACCCCUAACUACCCCUAACUACCCCUAACUACCCCUAACUACCCCUAACUACCCCUAACUACCCCUAACUACCCCUAACUACCCCUAACCACCCCUAACUACCCCUAACUACUACUAACUACUACUAAGUAUUGCUAACUACUACCAGCCAUUUGUUGGUCAGUGGUCGUUACUGGCUCUAGAUCCUAUGGAUGAACCUGCUGGGCAUGCCGGUGGCGUGGCUGCCCUCACUCGUCACCUUGAUCAUGAUCGACGCCGGCCCUUGUCUUGAUUUCUCGCGAGUUCCUCGCGUGGUCAACAGAUGAACUCAAUGAAUUCCCGAAGGUUGUUGCUUACUCUGUUCCACGUCUUAGACGCUAGCAGCUCCCUCAGCCACAUCGUGAAGAGCUAGAAGAUAUGGAGCAGCUAAGAACAUGGAAGCCACGCACAUGAAUGAGCAGCAUGGUCCUCCAGAUCAAUAGCUGCACUCUGGCCCUUCAUUGUAUCCCGAUGACAUUGGGCCCAUUUUGGUAUCACUCUAGGGCCUUAGCCAGUCAGUGACCUUGCGGCGCGUCGGUUCUGGUCGUCUCUCUGUUACAUUGCGACGAUGGAUGCCCUAAUUGCUCUUAGGAGCUUCAUAGUGUGCCAGUGCCUGGACGUGUUCGCGUGUUCCGACGCUAUUGCUAACUAUUAAUCGCUAGCGCUACUAACUGCUACUAACUACUACUUACUAAGCAACUACUACAAAGUAGCUUGCUACUACUAAGUGGCUACUACUAAGUAACUACUACUAAGUAACUACUACUAAGUAACUACUACUAAGUAACUACUACUAAGUAACGACUACUAAGUAACUACUACUAAGUAACUACUACUAAGUAACUACUACGAGGUCACUAUUACUAAGUAGCUACGUCCUAGCUACUAGGUAACUACGUCCUAGCUACUAAGUAACUACUACUAAGUAACUACUACUAAGUAACUACUACUAAGUAACUACUACUAAGUAACUACUACCAACUACUACCAACUACUACCAACUACUACCAACUACUACCAACUAAUACUAACUACUACUAACUACUUUACUACUAACUACUACUAAGCACUACCAACUACUACCAACUACUGCUAUUUACUACUAACUACUACUAACUGCUACUAACUCCUACUAACUCCUACUCACUACUACUGACUACCACGACUAACUACAACUAACUACUACUAACUCCUACUAACUCCUACUAACUCCUACUAACUCCUACUAACUACUACUGACUACCACUAACUACCACUAACUACUACCAACUACUACGAACCACUACUAACUACGACUAGCUACGACUAACUACUACUAACUACUACUAGCUACUACUAACUACCACUGACUACCACUGACUACCACUGACUACCACUAACUACCACUAACUACCACUAACUACCACUAACUACCACUAACUAUGACUAACAGACUACGACGAACUAUGACGAACAGACUACGACAAACUAUGACUAACAAACUACGACUAACAAGCUACGACUAACAAACUACGACUAACAAACUACGACUAACAGACUACGACUAACAGACUACGACUGACUACGACACGCUACGGCUAACUACGGCUAACUAUGACUACGACUACUGCUACUACUAUCAUUAGUAGUUCGGCGGCUACUAUUCUAGUUUUUAACUCGACUGCUAACUAUCAGUCUAUGAAUAUGCUACACAUAACUAGACUACUACUCCACUAUCGCCGUAGAUCGAUCAUUAGUGCGACUUAUGACACUAUAGGCCAUUUUUUCUCCCAACGCAUAUAGGUAAAAAGGGCCAGGGCGCGUGCGCGUCAGCGUCUUGAAUCUGAAGCCAAGCAAGCGGCCCCCAAACAAGCGGCCGGCCGCCGUUCUGCUUUUAGAAGUGCCGCGGUACUUGUUGAUAAAAAACGUCUUUUCUUGCAAUGGCUCUCCUCGCUCAUGCUAGGCGCAUUCACUUACCCACUCACCCAGCUGUAAACUAGAUCCGCUGAAGGAUGAGGGUCGCUCUAUGUAUUGUUGGGCCUUGGGCUUGUUGCUUGGAUUAAAGUGUAUCCAUCUUGUCGCUUCCAACGCCAGUGGGCCUAGAAAUCACCAACAAUAUGCAGGUAAAAAGCACCAGCCGCGCGCAUCUUCACAGAAAAGCCGCGCCGUCCAAAAAAGUGCUGAAUAUCCAACGCGGUUCGGCCGGUUUUGGUUCAGCAGCCCUCCUCUUGGUUCAGCAGGUGCAGGGGCCGCAGCGUGUGUUCGUCCUUGGUCUACAGCAGGAUGCUCAGCAUGGUGCUGCCCUACUUCAGCAGGGGUCUUUUGCCAUUGACGGCCAAGCGGAAGCGGCUGAAAUUAUGGGCGGCUUCUCUCUCUCUUGAUUCAAGAAGGUACUUCGCAGCCCUUGUGUCUCAGAUCAUAAGACGCGACUGCCCUACUGAGAAGCGUCUAUCUCUACCAAGUAGGAACCGACACAAAGCCAAGACUUUGCAUCAGGUUAGGAAAUAUUUCGACAAGAGUAGCAGCUUCGACAAUAUAGCCCAACAAGACGAGGCAGGGCCCAGGGACGCACAGACGAGCGAAUAUAUAGCGAGACACUUUACUGCUACAGUCACUGAGUGACACUACAGCCGCGAGCGGUCUAACAAUAACAGCGGGCGACAUAGUCGGAAGAUAUUAUAUUAUAAGUGAGGCCUCCGCUAGCACUACACUUCUGUCGCCUUCUUCUUCUUCUUCUAAUUCUAUCUCGACAAGCAUCACGAGCAGCGAGGAGAACAGCGCCAAGACUAAGUCGCCGAACCUGCGCGGUUCUAUGACUUUUCGCCGAACUCACAAGCAGGCCAAGUCGCCCAGCCUGGGAGAUGAUGGCUCGAAGGUGCAGAUGGAAAAUGACAACAGCAGCAAGAUGAGCAGCAUGAAGUCGCCCAACCUGCGCGGGACUGCAGUUUUUCUCCAGGAGCAGCCGUCUUGUGGGAAGGGUUCCAGUUUUUGUGGCUGUGCUCAGGAUGAACUUAGGGCACUACGGUCUCUCUGGCUCUGCUGAAUCAAUAGAAAGCAAACGCGUCAAGUAGGUGCGCUCCCUCUGUGAGUAAGUAUAACCAUCGCCGGCCCCAGUAGUAGUAGCAGUAGCAUAGUAUGCCGCUCCUGUUUACUUUUCUUGCAAGAACUCUAUGCAGCUGCGAAGAUGUCCUAGGACAGGCAGAAGCACUAAGGACGCGCCUACUUCUAGCUCACUACGUUUGGCCCUUUUUUGUUCCCAUGCCCUUCACCUUUCAUCCAGUGGGUGUUUCUUCUGAGUAGUGUGCCUGCAAUUGAAGCGAUCGUCUUGAGCUGUCGCCAGUCUUGGGGCCCUCUAGUGCGGACGCAUCAGAGUGAUAAUUAUUUUGAUUACCAUUACUAGCCCUCGCCUUCUUGCGAUAGCUUCCCUCUAAGAAGUUGGAAUCGGUGCAGAUGCUCUCGACGGCCAACCCGAAGGAAAAGACCGCGCUCCGAUUAAGGCUCAGCUACAUAGCUCUACUUUAGUCGUACACUUUGAGGCAUUUCAUCUCCCGGCCUCCUUCUUAGCUCUAGGACCGCAUCGGGAGAAGUUGCGGCGUCGCUCAUCUCCAUCACCUUGGGACUGUUCUGAGCAAAUGUCCUCGGGGAGGGCGAGUGCAUUUGCGUGACUGCUUUGCGCUCUAAUCGGCGACCUGUGCAAAUUCGAGCGGUGGUCCCUCAAGAAAAAUUGGGACUCGAUGACAAGGCGGCUCGGCUUAGGCGAGGGUGCGUGCGUAAAAAACCUCGCUGUGGGUGCCUAUAUUUAUGAUGGGACGAGAGAGGUGGAGAAGGUUGCGAACACCUCUAGCGCAUGUGCCUGAGGUCUUGAUGUAAGCGGGUUGCUAGCUGAAUAAAUGGCCGCGCAGUUGCGCUUGCGUCUUACUCUUAGAAGGUUGCCCUCUGGGGUCCUCGGGCGCUCUCCUUUUUCAGCGUCCCAUUGGUUGCUCCUUUUUUUCUUAGCUAGGGCCUGCCCAGCAUUAUCAUGGCGGUGAAGUAUUCUCUGUCUCUGAUGCUUCGCUUCCUUAGGAGAAGCAGUCUAGUUGCUCGAAGCUUUUGGCCUACAGCGUUCGAAAAAAUUCUCACAGUAUUUCGGAACACUUCGACACUGGAAGGCCCAAACUUUUCGCGCAAAGGUCGCCAUGCAUAUUUGAAAAAAGCGCGACUUUUUUGCAAAAAAAAGCGGCUUUUUUCGAAUAUGGUGAACCUUUUCCAAGUUCGGGUCUUGAGAGUAAUUCCCAAACUCACUGCUCUAGUCCUUCGAAAGUAUUCGCGAAGCCGUUCGGAAACACUUCGAACGCUGUAGGAAUUUCAUCGAACGGACGGCGCAGAAGGUUUGUCUUUGCAGCCUUUUGCGGUUUGUCUGGUCAUAGCCAUAGGAGAGGGCGUCCUCGUCUAAUCUUUCUUCCGCUACAACGAUAUGAACUGGCUCACAUCGUACACGCCGGAGGCGCAGUCUGUGGAUUUUCAUGCGCUACCUUAAGGCAAGAACGUGGCUAGACUCUCUUAUAGCCCAGCCCCAUGAUUGGGCGCGCGACUGUUACUACUGCUAGAGACCGACGACCACCCCGCACAGAGCGCGGCAACUUUGUGGCGAUCCGCUUCCGCUCUCAAAGGGAACAAUCAAAAGGGCGCGAAGGAUGGCGGCCCCGUCCCUCCUCUUCUACCUCUUAGUUGAAUUCCGGAAGAGUAAUUAGAAGUACUACAGCAAAUGCCUGCGAUAUUCAUCUCGCAGGACUGUCGCCCCAAGCGCCGCAAAUAGGGAAAGGAGCUAACUUUACUAUUCUAGGUGGGUCAUAAAUAUAUUCAUAGACAUGACAGGCAUAGACAACUAGCGCGAGGACUGGCAGGGGCUCUACUUCUAAUUCUCAGAGGAGUACACUGACAUCAUCCAGAGCAAGGCCGGCUCCGUGCAGUGGUCCCAUAUCUUGGACGAGUACCGGCGACUUCUUGCGCUCUCAAAGUCCUCCAAAAGUAUGAAGCCAGUCGUAAAGCCGCUGCCGUCUAUGUACAGCGCCAGAAAUGGCCUCGAAGUGGUCUUCUCGCUCGGUCUAACUAUGAAGAUUCCAAACGACAUAAAAAGUUAAGGCUUGCCGAGGUAGAGGCAUUAUCAAAAUCAAAUUUUUUUCGGCAAACUCUACCCAGCUCUUCAGUCACGGUCGAAGUACGCACUUGGUGUUAUUUACCAGCGCAGCCCCCCUCUCAAGUCGAUGGAAAGCACUGAGCCCGCCUUGAUGAGGGGGGGGCGUGUGGUGUCUGUCGUUGUGCUUGAGCUUGAUUGUGGUGCUUUUUGAAGCAUGCGCUUCGCGCUUGUGCCGUGAUUUAACUGCACACAAGCUUCGUCGAGCUGCUCUAAGAGAAGCUGUGCGAGGACGUGGCCCAAAGCGCUGGCAAUAGCAAGGCAAUCCGUCCGGUUUUGUGGCUGCUUCGACGUUUCUCCAAAAACAAGAGUGGCGCCACGUCGACGCAACUGCAAGAGACAUGCAGUCGCCUUCUUAUGGCCUCCUCGAUCAUUGGUUCUAGCAGGUAGGUGCGCAGGCUCUUCUUGUUCCCCGCUUGGAUUGCCAUAAUUCUUCUUCCCAUUGUCUUCCUAGGUAGUAGUCAUUCUCUUGUACGACUCUAAAUUCUUGCCAAAGGUCCGAGACUUGAUUGCGGAGGGGGCGCAAGCAGUGGCGCAGAAAACUGCGGUGCUUUUUUUUCCUACCGGGGCGGCUGACUCUCGUCGCUUCUAUGCCAGUCUCACCGAGGGAGCACUGGGCGACUUCAAUGACGGAGAACGAGGAGCGACAAAAGUUAUUCGAAAACUCAAAGUCGCCGAGUUACUGACUGAAAUAAGGGAGGUAGCUUAACGUCACGGCUACUCUUCCUUUUCGUCAGUAUCUCGCUUAUUCUGAUCAGUUACUUGCUUACUUCAGUUUUUCGAAUAAGUAGGUCAAGCUGUGGCGUUGGCGCUGGUCUUUCUCGCUGCUGUUGCGUGAAGUUCUUCAUCGUGGUAGUGCAAGCCCUCACUUCUCUCAGUAAAGGCAUCUACCUAGUCACUGCUUCGUCGACUACUUGUGUGUCCUUCUCUUACCUUCAUACCGUAGAAGAAGCUUGGCGGGGCAAGAACAAUAGAAGCGAUUUCGGUGCGCCAUGAGUAUGUAAGCAACGCAGAGGCUACACUACCACACCAACUGAAACACAGAAGGAAGAACAACCCAGCAACAGCAUGGCCAUUGAGUCGGCCUAGCUGUGUUCUUUCGUAGUCCAUUCAGUGCCCCCAUCGUCUAGAUAUUUUGGAGCGAGGCAAGCCGGUAGACUCUCACUCUUCUAAACAGCACGACGAAGCAGCGGUGGCGGGUCUUUCAAGAACGGAGAUGGCCAUCCGGCAAGACAUGAAAGCGCAGACGCUCCAUUUGGUCAAUACUGCGGUGAGUGAGGAUGGGAGCAGCGCUAGUUCUUGUACGGCUAACCCAUCUCGUCGCUCGUGUCGUGUCAUCUAAUGAGUACAGUUAUAGGCGGAGAGUGACGCUCAGAAGGUGAGAGAUUGAGAGGGAAGCCCUGGGAGCUAUGUAUGAUCGUAUUCGCAGCUUAUUCAAUGGGCUUGGAUUCUAGUAGAGUGUAAAUGGACGAACGUCGUUAGCUGUAGCCAUUUCGUCCAUUUCUAAUGGCUCUUGCUGUGGGCAUUGUGGAGUGGCGGGCGUUUAUGACCGUCUUGCGCGUCUGUUGUUUCAAAGUGGCGCAGGCGCGUGGUAUCGCGGCCAGGCCGCGUCUUCAUUCCUUAUGGUACAACCAGGAGGCGGCCGGGGUUUUUUGCCGAUGCCUGCGGCACACGGACAAGACGUAGGAGGAGAAAAAAAGGCCACCGGUAACAACCACAAGUGGUAUACGGCUGGAGUGAUUGAACCUAAUAUACCCGAAAAAUUGGCACAAUUUGGCUAGGAAUUUUGUGAAAAAUGCAAACUCUGCAAAAUUUUUUGAUGACAGAGCACGCGCCGCCUGCCGUUGUAAGUCUGUACUCCGCAGAAUUCUACCAAAGUCUUGCGACCGGCAGGACGCUGCUGAGGCUUUCGGCCUUGGUUACUUGGCUAGGGCUCGCCGCUCGCAGAAUUGUCCGAAGGGUGAAGAGCCUGGCGACUGCAGUAGCGCGGCCAAGAAUGCGAGCGAGCUUGCGAAGCGCACGCACAGGCAAAAGCCCAGCGAGAAGCGAAACCGCUGGGCAGCUCAGUGCGCUUAGUCGGCUUUGUUGAUAGUCAGCGUGUGGGCAGCUGUUGGUCUUCGUUUGGUCUUAUGAAAAUGAAAGACCAAGGUGUUCGCGCUUUUUAUUCUGGUCAAGAUUGAUUGUCGCACCUCGUGGGGGCUUGCUGAGCCUUGUGGACAUUUGGUGGGCGUUCGCGCUAGUCUUGUUUGGCUUGGCGUCGGUCAUGCGAUCAGGCUCAGGCGUGCGACCAAAUCACAGCAGGGGGAACAGGGUGGACAGACACAAAGUAGCCGGGAAGCGUCAGAGGGCUUGCGCCCUUUCCUUGCUUGUCUUCCUUGUUCAAGAAACAAAUGAAACACAUCGAGACGGGGCAGCGUAUACCAUGCGCUUGCGCUUUAUAUUCAAUCAUCUGAUGGGGCAGAGCGGGUGGCCGUUCGCUACGUCAGUCUGCCGGGCGCUUGGAUUUGUUUCACCGCUCUCCAUUUUGAGUGCUUUGGCUGUUCGUCGCGCUUUGCUUUACGCAGGGGUAGGGUCGUCGCUGAGCUUAAGACGAAGCCGCGGAUCCGGGAUUCGCUGCUUUGGGUUAGUUUCUAACUUGGUAGCAGUCGGCAGACUCCGUCUCGCGGGAAACCGUCGAGGUCUUAGCUGAGGGGAGCUCAGCUUCGUUUCGUCUGAGUAAAGUUCCCUUCGGGUAGCACCGCUCUCCCGCGCCGCGGUUAGAUACCGUGGCCCGCGGCCUUGCCUUGGGGCAGGGUAGGCGCGGUUUCUCGCAAGCCGGGUCGCGUUCUUUCGUGAACUUUUGGAGGGGAGGGCUGCUUCCUUUGCAUGUGCCCGCCUUGUGGUCCUCUUUUGGCGAUAGGCGAGCGCACGUACUAGAAGCUUUGUGGCAUGCAGCAUUUUCCCGUCUAGGCUGUCAGUGCAGGCCGCGCAGGGACUGACAGCGGUGAUUGAGAUGGGGCCGCCACUGCAGGCCGCGCAGGGGCUGACGACGGUGAUUGAGAUGCGGCCGUCAGUGCAGGAUGUCAGGGUGGUGAUGCGUAAGGCUCUCGGUGCAGGCUGUCAGGAUGGUGCGGAAUGUUUUCCCGUCUAGGCCGUAGCCAGUGCAGGCCGCGCAGGGUCUGGCGACUGAGAUGGGGCCAUCAGUGCAGGCUGUCAGGGUCGGUGGUGAUGGGUAAGGCCGUCCGUGCAGGCCGUCAGGGUCGGUGGUGAAGAUGGGUGUGGCCGUCAGUGCAGGCCCUCAGGGUGAUGUGAACUAAGUAAGGCCUUCAGUACAGGCUGCCGCGAUGGUGAUGGUCGGGCGAAGUGAUCCCGGCUGCCGCCAGUGCAGGCACGCAGGGCUAUUCUUGUCCGUCUGCCUUUUGGGCUGUCAGUGUAGGUCACUCCGUUCCGGGGUCGCUCUCUCCCAUCUUGGCCACCGAGGGCUCCCGCGAACCCCCGGCGGCCUCGCACUUGGCAUCUCAUUUGGCAUGGCCUGGUCGGCUUCGUUAUCUAGUGGCCCCGAAGUCUACCGCUGGGCCCUGCCCGCUAGAAAGGGCUUCCCACGAGGAGCCCCUUUAUUUUUUGCCGGCGUGCUUCGGCUGGUCGGCCUUCGGUCUUGCGUCUUCGCGCGAGAGGCUUGGCGGGGGGCAGUGGCACACCGAAUUCUGAUAACUAGGGCCGCGGCUCGUUGCUCUUCUUAUCUCUAUUUACUCCGCGCUUCUUUGCGCUUUGGCUUUAUAUAUUUAUGAGACCGGCUAGCUAGAGCGGUUGGCCUUUCGCUCCAUCAGUCCGCCGGCUGGUUUAGGGUUUCACCGUUUUCCAUUUUGGGGCGCGCCGAGUUCUUUCCCCUCACGCACCUUGCCCCCCGCGUGGCCGUCGCUCGUCGUCCCGUAAGCCUUGCUUAAUUCGUUGAGGGUUGAGUUAGUGGUGGGCCCGGCCGGCUUCGUCAUCUCGUUGCGCCGACGUCUACCUUGGGGCCCUGCUGGCUAAAAAGGGCUUACCGCGGAGGGCUCCCCUUUUUUGCUGGCGUGCCUCGGCUGCUCGGCCUUCGGUCUUGCGUGUUCGCGCGUGAGGCUCCCCCCAUACGUGGCGGGGGGCAUGCAGUGGCGUGCAGAAUUCUGGUAUGGCCGCCGCUCGUUGCUAUUCUCAUCGACAUGGUUACUUAGUUGGGAGACUGAGAUAGACGAAAACGCAGGACAAAAACAAGAAGAAUUAGAGGGGCUGAGCCCUCUCCCUUUGAAGAGAUGAGACGGGGAGGGAGCGUGCACCGUGGUGGACUGAGGUGAAAAAACGGGGACAGAAAUGGGAAGGAGAGGCAAGAGACCCCGGCCCCGCCUUUGGCGAAAGAAGUGGCACCGGGCCCGCGCAUAGGGUAGCGGACCAGUUGAGGAAGGUCAAAAGAGUGGGGCUACAAAAAUGAAAAGGACAGCUAAGGGCGCGCCUUCCCUCUUUGAAGGAGUGGCAGCUGGGUGGCGAAUUGUAUGGGACGGAGGCGAAGAAACUAGCGCAAAAACGGGGAGAGACGCAGGGCUUCGGGCCUCCUUUGUUGAAGAGAGGAGACGCGGGUGGGGCGGAUCUAAAUCUAUCAGGGGCGAAUGGAGUGAGACAGCGUCGGGAAGAGUCAAAGGGGAGGCUUUGGGCCUCCUCCCCUUGGGGAAGUGACUGACUGAUACCGGGGUGAAGCAUGCUGGGCCAUCUAGAGGACGCUCGCAAGGUGUGAAGACUAGCAGCAGCGCGGCAAAAUCAUCCAUGAAAGGGCAGAGGCGUGGGGCUUUUCCCUCUUGAACACACAAGCAAAAGCAAGAAGUGAGACGGCGGCAGAGCGUGGCGCCGUCAGGUGACAGACUGCGAAAAAUGUAAGACAAAACUGAAGACGAGUAAGAAGCAGAAGCGUCGGGCGUUCGCUUUUAUAGCAGUGGCACUCCCUCGCUGGCUUUUUCCAUCCCUCCAUGGUAUAUAUGUAGCUGAGACGGAAAAAGUGAAAAGGCCCAACGCAAAUAAGGACGAGCGCGGGCACUGUGUGGCGGUGUUGACUGGGCUGCGCAGGUGUGUGUCGCUGGCAAACAGGUGCGGACGUGGAGCCGCCAGCGCGCCCCCGGAUCUCGGCUGACUGAUAACAAUUUGCAACACUGGUGCUGUGGCGGGUGCUGCUUGUUCUUGAUCUUGUGGCUGCUGCGCUUCCAUCUGGGUGAGAAGCUUCUGGCGAAGCGGCUCGGCUUCGCUCGUACCACCCCAGGGAGUUCCCGCUGAGGGGCUCUUUUAGUUUGUUAUCGGCGGCGUGCUUCCCUCCCGUAUCUACCACCAUCCCACCCACGCAGUUGCAGAAGGAAGAUCCACCGCCCGCAGCUCUCCAAUCUGCAACGCUCGCGCCGAUAGUAUCACGCGGGCGCCAAUGAAAUGAAAAAGAUCGGAGGCACCCACUUCGGGCAUGACUAUACAAACGCGUGAGCCCUCGGCGAACUUGAGGAGGGUCUUGGCCUGUCCAUUUUUCUGCCUUUUGUCGCCUACUUCUAUGCAGUAGUCCACUUUUUUUUUGCCGCUUGCCUGUUCUAACUUACUCUUGCAGUUUCCGCCCUUUGCGAUGCCUGUUGUGAUUCAUUUAUGAAAAACCCAGGGCGACUGGGGUGAGGGACAUUAGAAAAGCCAACGCUUUCGACAUGCGUCCCGAUCUGCAGGGCAUACGCCUUUAGCAAAGAAAAUAAUGAGACGGACUCCGAUCCAAAUUUUUGCCCAAAUUGUGCCAAGUUUUCGCAUUAGGGACAAUCAGCGGGAAGAUCUAACAGACUCGCAAUUUCAAUCGGCGCUGCCGCUGUCGUGCUCAUCUUAAUUGGCACAGCGUGUCUGAUUGUUUACGCGAAGACUGGUUUUGAUUGCCCGGAUCCCAGAAACUAUAUUUAA